UUCUCUCCCCUCUGUCUUUCCCUCCUCUCUCCAUUUCUCUGUCCUAUCCAACGACGACGACAUCCAAACAACAAUAAUAACUACAACAAUAAAACAAGGGCAACAAUAGGGAAUAAAUAAAUAAAUAAGUAAGAAAAAAAUGGUAAACAUGACUGCCAGGUGCAACGGAUUUCUUGUGCAGGCACCCAGCCCCAACAAUAACCCCAGUAGUAAAAAAAAGAAAAAAGUAUAAAAGACAGUAAAGGUAGUCGGCGGCAGGCUACGGCUGAGCCCCAGGGAACGUGUAUUUACAGAGACAGAUCACAGCCCCUUGCGAGGACUGAGACUGUAGCCACACUGACCGGUUGCCAGGGCUUCCCAGAGGUGAGGGACAGCCACGUUAUGUGUCAGGAACAGGUGCAAAGGACGACGGGGCUAUGGUCCGUCUCCUUCAAUUAUUCUAACCUUCCCCGGCCCCCACUGACCAGAAUGGAAACACAAGAGCAGAGAUUGUCUUUUUUUAAAUUUAAUAUUAUAAUUUACUAUUAUCACCAGAGCAUUGCUCAGCUCUGGUUUAUGGUGGUGUGGGGGACUGAACCUGGGACUUCGGGGCCUCAGGAAAGAGACUCUUCGUAUAACCAUUAUAGUGUCUGCCCAGCCUACUUUUUUUUUUUUUCCCCCACUGCUGUCUUCUAUUUCCAACUGCCUUGCACACAGCAAGCAUUCCAAAAUACGGAUAGGAUAAACUAUUAGAAAACUAAGGAUCCCUGGCCCAGUCCACCCCUAGAGGCGAAAAAUGUUCCCAGCAUCCAGACAGCAAGCUCGGAUCACCGGCCUAUGUCACAAUGGGUGAUGUCAUCUCUGAGGACAUUCUCAAGCUGUCCGUGGAUUUAAGCCUUUCAGGCCUUGGAGCCGACGGGAUUAAGGACCUUUUUGUGAGCAGGAUGGCUCUGGAGAGCGUGUGGACCCCACAGACAGCAUUCCCGGGGGACGGCCAUUCCCCACGAGCGAACGAGCAGCCCCCCCUGCAGACCGCUUCCCUGAAGGAAGGCCCGGCCAAGCGGGCUGUGUGGGUCCGCCCCGACUACUCGGACCUGCAGGGCCCCAAGAAAGCCACCGUGGCCCAGAGGAAGUCCUCGCUGGCGGUGACCAAGGCGGUGGUCGUGGACCUGGGGACCGGCUACUGUAAAUGCGGCUUUGCCGGGCUCCCGAAGCCCACCCACAUGAUCUCGUCCACCGUGGGCAAGCCCUACAUGGAGACCGCCAAGACCGGGGUCCACCGCAAAGAGACCUUCGUGGGCCAGGAGCUGGUCAACCCGGGCAUCCGCCUCAAGUUCACCAACCCCCUGCGUCACGGCAUCGUGGUGGACUGGGACGCUGUGCAGGACAUCUGGGAGUACCUGUUCCAGCAGGAGAUGAAGAUCGCCCCCGAGGAGCACGCCGUGCUGGUGUCGGACCCGCCCCUGAGCCCGCACACCAACAGGGAGAAGUACGCCGAGAUGCUGUUUGAGGCCUUCGGCACGCCGGCCAUGCACAUCGCCUACCAGUCGCGCCUGUCCAUGUACUCGUACGGCAGGACCUCGGGCAUGGUGGUGGAGGUCGGCCACGGCGUCUCCUACGUGGUGCCCAUCUACGAGGGCUACCCGCUGCCCAGCAUCACCGGGCGGCUGGACUACGCGGGCUCCGACCUCACGGCCUACCUGACGUGCCUGAUGAACGGCUCGGGCAAGUCCUUCACCGAGGACCAGAUGGGCAUCGUGGAGGACAUCAAGAGGAAGUGCUGCUUCGUGGCCCUGGACCCCCUGGAGGAGAAGAAGGUGCCGCCCGCCGAGCACACCAUCCAGUACACGCUGCCGGAUGGCAAGGGCAUCCAGCUGUGCCAGGAGCGCUUCCUGUGCGCCGAGAUGUUCUUCAAGCCGUCCCUCAUCAAGUCCAUGCAGCUGGGCCUGCACACGCAGACGGUGUCCUGCCUCAACAAGUGCGACGUCGCCCUCAAGCGGGACCUCAUGGGCAGCAUCCUGCUGUGCGGGGGCAGCACCAUGCUCAGCGGCUUCCCCAACCGGCUGCAGAAGGAGCUGAGCAGCAUGUGCCCCAACGACACGCCCCAGGUCAACGUGUUGCCCGAGAGGGACACGGCCGUGUGGACGGGGGGCUCCAUCCUGGCGUCCCUGCAGGGCUUCCAGCCCCUGUGGGUGCACCGCUCCGAGUAUGAGGAGCACGGCCCUUUCUUCCUCUACAGAAGGUGCUUCUGAAGGCCGGCGUCCGGCG